AUGAACAAAAACGGAACAGCAAAAAUGAAUGAUAAUCAAAUUAGAGCAGAAGGUAGAAGGUUAUUUAAACGCUUCUAUAACAUUCCUGAUGGUGCUAAUCCUAAAACUCGUAGAAGCUAUUUAAAUGAAGCCAUAGAUGCAUAUGAAGGGUUUGACAUUUCAUCAGAAAGUGAGAGAUUAGCAAGAAUGUUAAACGUUAAUAUUGAUUUCUAUUAUUGUGAUCCUCAACCAGAAGACGUGGACAUAAAUAAGGUAGACUUUCCAUUAGUGGAAUCAAUAAUGAUAGAUCCAGAAUUUGAAACAGUAAAUAUUUUAUUAACACAGAGUCCAUGUGGAAAACUUCACGCUGACAGAAUUACAGACGUUGAAGCACUCACAGGAUAUAAAGUUUGCCCCUUUUGCAAAGAAGAAGUAUAUUCUAUCCGUGAUGAUCCAGAAAGGAAAAACCAAAGAAGAUUUUUAAAACAUUGUGAGAAAUGUAAAGAAAAUAAUGGAAGAUUAAUUCAAGACGUUCAAUUGCAAAACACACAACAACCAUAUGCACCACAUAUCACGAAACAGAAGAUAUAUCAAUGGCUAUUAGCACAUAAUUUGCAGGAAUAUUAUAAACCAACAAGAUAUUAUAUUACUUUUGACUUCGAAACAUUAGAGACUAAAGAAGAACUUCAACUUUCCGAAUGUGCAACUUUGAACGCUUACUUAAAACCAUUUAUGGUAUCAUCAACUGUCAAAAUAAAGCCGCAAACGGACUCUUUGAGUCCUGAGGUCGUAGACCGAAGCGGCGAGGUCGUAGACCGUGAUAAAACAUUUACGAGGAAUUUUUGCUUAACAUCAAGUGAUUCGUUCAUCUCUGAUUGGAUUGAAUUUUUAUUUUCAACCUGUUCAUUAGUUGUUGAAUCAAAUAUUGAACAAUAUGAAGAAUUAUUGAAGCCGCAAACGGACUCUUUGAGUCCUGAAGGUCUUUCAGACCAAACGGUGGGGACUUUGUCCCAUACAUUAAAUGAAAAACAGAAGGAAGCAUUUAAAGAACUUCUAGAUGAAGAAUUUAAUAAAGUAAAUAUCAUUGGUUUUAAUUCGGGAAAGUUUGAUUUAAAUUUAAUUCUUCGUGAUUUAAACACUGCAAAAUGGAAGAUAAAAUCAAUGCUGGGUUCUUCUUCUCAAUUUAAGCAAGUCAUUGUAAAGAAAACAAACUGUCCAUAUGAAUUAAGAUUUAUUGACAUCAGAAAUUAUAUAGCGGGUGGAACAUUAGACCAAUUCACUCAAGAUUUCGGAAACAAUAAAUCACGUGUUAAAUCCUUUUUCCCUUAUCAAUUCAUCACAUGGGAGAAUUACGAAGAAGAAUUAUAUAAAGUGGAACCAUUCACUCAAGAUUCAUUUUAUUCAGCAUUAACUCAAGAAACUAUAUCCGAUUCAGAUUAUCAAAUAUAUCUCAAUGAUGCUAAAAACUUUAAGAAUAGAUUAGAAUAUUUUAUUCAUUAUUGCAAUAAAGAUGUUGAAAUUAUGAUUGACCCAAUUGAUAAAAUUAUUGAAGAAACAUUUGUUUAUAAAAUUGACAUGCUCCAUAAUCUUUCUUUAUCAUCGAAUGCUUCAAUGAUUCGUUACGCUUUAGCAUAUAAAGACUUUAAUCCUAAUGAAAAAUAUCCUGAGGAAGAGAUAGAAUCAAGUUUUGAAUUAACGAAAAAGUAUUGGAAAUAUAAAAUUGAAUCAUAUAAGAAACAAGAUGAAAAAGCAGAAAGGGAUACUAAAAAUAAUGUUUCAAUGGAUGAUUUUCAAUACUAUCACGAUUUAAUCCUUUCAUCUAAAUGCAAAAUGUGUGGUAAAGCGUUUACAUAUGCAAAUAAACCAACAUUGGAUAGAAUCGAUAAUGAAAAACCACAUACCAAAGAAAAUUGUCAGUUAAUGUGUUGUUAUUGCAAUGUCGUAAAAUCAAAUAAAGAUGAAGAUGUUCAACGUUUAAGAAUCAAUUUAAGAAAUUAUGCAUUAAAAAAUAAUUUACCAAUGACUUUAGAUUCAGUUGAAGCUUAUCACAUUCUCCGUAAUGGAAUUACUGGUGGUUUAUCAAAUGUUCAACAUAGAGUAAAUCUUAAAGGAAUCACGCACAUUAAUAAACUUUCAUAUAAUCCAGAAACUAAAACUGUAUCAAAUGAGGACACCACCAACAUUAUGACUCAUUUUGUUGGAGUUGAUUUUAAUUCAUUAUAUCCUUCAUCAUUUUCAUCUAAUCCUCAUGAUUUCAUUCAAUAUACUAACCAUAAAAUGUAUAUGCCGGGAAGAUUGAAUGGUGUUAUCAUUUGUGAUACAGCAACAAAGAAAGCAAAAGCAUUGGGAAUUAUUAGAAAGAAAAAU